AGAAAAAUAUUUCUGCGCUCACAUCCCUUUUGUUUUCCUCAUCCUUCUCUAUUCCAUCCUUUUCUCCCAUUUUUUUCUUUAAACAAAUUCCUUCCUCUCGAACCAAGAUAUCUGUGGGAUUUGACCUGUGAAUCUAGAGAGAUAAAGAUUGGACCAGGCGCCGUCUUUUCCCUCUUCCUUUAGUUUCCUAUUUAGGAGGCUUGCUGCAAGAACAUACAUACCUGUGGGCUUUUCUGAGCGCCGAGGGCUGUGGGCUUUUGAAAACUAUACUGCAAAAUCUAUCUGUGGGACUUUCACCUGUGGGUUCUAUACUGUGGGCUUGAGACUGUCCUGUCCGCUUUCAGUGGGUUAUCGAGGGUAAAUUAUACUCGUGGGCAUAUUCGAGAAAGAUAUCUCGAGUUCAAUAGUACAUAUAACAGCUGUCUGCUAGCUGUUUAUUGGUUCUUGUUUUACUGAGGGCUUGAAUUGUCGGAAGGCAAAUCAAAUACACACAGUGGGUACUGAGGGUACUUUCAGAGGUUGCCGCACAUAUUCUGUUGUAAUAUCGUUUGACUUGAAAUCACUACACGAUGAAGAUGUCGAAAACCAAGUCAACAACGAAAGCUAGUAAGGGGGGCGACAAGGCUGUGUCCAAGGUGAAGAGUGGCUCUGUAACAAAAGCAGCCGUCUCUGCAAAGUCGAAGGGCAAGGAGGUGAGCAAGAAGGCUGUCAAGGAAGACAAGAAAAAGAAGAAGGCUCCAACACCGUCAGAAUCUGAGUCCGAGAGCGAGGCUAGCGACAGCUCCGAGGCCUCCAUUAGUGAAAGCGAUAGCUCAAGCGAGAGUGAAAGCGAGGCUGAGAUGAAACCUGCCGCCGCCAAAGCCGCCGUCAAACCUGCCAAAGCCGCCAAAGCCGCCAAAGCCGAAUCCGAAUCCGAAUCCGAAUCCGACUCUGAAUCUGAAUCUGAUUCUGAAUCGGAGGGAUCAUCUUCGUCUGAGGAUGAGAAGCCUGCUACAAACGGUGCGAAAGUGGAGACAAGUGAGAGCGACGAAUCUGAAUCCGAGAGUGACUCUGAUUCUGAUUCUGACUCUGACUCCGAAGAUUCCACCAUCGAAGAAAAGAAACCAGCUGCCAAGGCUGUAGCAAAGGAAUCCACUACUGAGGAAUCUGACGCUGAGAGCGGCGAGGAGUCCUCCGAGGGAUCCGAGGGAAGUUCAUCUGAUGAAUCUUCCGAUGAAUCGGCCGAGGAAUCCGAAGAAGCCGAAAGCGCUGAGGCUGAGAAACCGUCUUCCAAGCUCCAGAAGCGCAAGGCUGAAGACGAUGAGGAGCUUGCCGCCCCCAAGAAGACUAAGGUGGAGUCCAGCGAAGGUGGAAACCUCUUCGUCGGCAACCUGUCAUGGAACGUCGACGAAGAGUGGCUCCGAUCCGAGUUCGAAGAAUUCGGCGAGCUUUCUGGUGUGCGCAUUGUUACCGAUCGCGAUAGUGGCAGGUCGAGGGGUUUCGGAUACGUUGAGUUCGUCGACGCUGCUGAUGCCGCCAAGGCCCACGCGGCCAAGAAGGACGUUGAGCUCGACGGCCGUAAACUGAACAUUGAUUUCGCUAACGCUCGUUCUAAUGCGGCCCCAAGAGAGCGUGCUCAAUCCCGCGCUCAGAACUUUGGGGACCAAGCGAGCCCUGAGAGUGAUACCUUGUUCAUCGGUAACAUCUCCUUCAGUGCGGACGAGAACAUGAUCUCCGAGGCGUUCUCGGAACAUGGAUCCAUCCUUGGUGUUCGUCUUCCCACAGACCCUGAGUCCGGCCGCCCGAAGGGCUUUGGCUACGUGCAGUUUUCAUCUGUCGAUGAGGCUCGUUCCGCUUUCCAGACCCUCAAUGGCGCUGAUCUCGGAGGCCGGCCGAUGCGCCUCGACUUCAGCACCCCUCGCCAGAACUCUGGGGGCGGUGGCGGCUUUGGUGGCCGUGGUGGUGGUCGUGGCGGUGGACGCGGUGGCCCUCGCGGUGGUGGCGGCUUUGGUGGUGGCCGUGGUGGUGGUCGUGGUGGUGGUCGCGGUGCCCCUCGUGGAGGCCGUGGUGGAAGCACCAAUCGUGGUGGAUUUGGUGAUUACAGCGGCAAGAAGACUACAUUCGAUUAGACCAUGACACGUGAUAUCCUCGAUGUUGAGCUUUUCAUAUUACAAGAAGUUUUGAAUUGAACGAUUCAAUAGGCGCUAUGGAUUGACUCCUCUUUGCCGUAGGUAAUGUAUGAUAUGUGCUUUGUGUUGUUUUGUUUUGGUGCUUUGUUCUCUGUUCGAGAUUUUUUGUUUUCAAUCCCAAAAGUUUCUAUUUGUUGUUAAUACAGAUGCAACGCCUCCGGUCCGGCUAGAAAGACGAUUUUAUGGACCCGAUUUUAGUUAAUGUAUCGGUCGUACCGUGCAAUAAUAAUAACUUCCUGA